AUGAGUGAUUUAGUUCCAGCAACCGUGAAGGUAAAAGGAGGAGGAGCUUCUUCCUCGAUACAAUGUCCCAUGCUUACAUCAACUAACUAUACUGUUUGGGCCAUGAGGAUGAGAAUUGCUCUUAAGGUUUAUAAAGUCUGGGAAGCAAUAGAAGAAGAAGCAACAACCGGCGAGAAGAAUGAUAUGGCAGUAGCGCUAUUAUUCCAAUUGAUACCAGAAGCACUUGUGUUACAAGUAGGAGAGCUUGAGACAGCUAAACAAGUUUGGGAAGCCAUUAAAACCAGGCACAUAGGGGCUGAGCGAGUUAAGGAAGCGAGACUUCAGACUCUGAUGAAUGACUUCGAUUGGUUAAAGAUGAAAGAUACCGAAAGCUUCGACGAUUUUGGUGGUAAACUAUCGGAGCUUGCGUCAAAGUCGCCUUCUCUUGGAGUUCACAUUGAAGAAGUGAAACUUGUGAAGAAAUUCCUUUCAAGUCUCCCGCGUAAGAAGUUUAUUCACAUAGUAGCCUCGCUUGAACAAGUGUUGGAUCUCAACACAACAAGCUUUGAGGACAUCAUGGGACGUUUAAAAGCAUAUGAAGAGCGCAUCAAGGAUGACGAAGAAGUAGAGGAUGAUCAACCGAAGCUGAUGUACACGCCUACUGAUGGACAACUUAAUCAAAACCGGCCUUCUCAAGACCAACAAAGUCGAUCGAGUCAAGAACAAGGCUACAACCGAGACUAUUACGGAAACCCGUAUAGAGGUAGAGGCAGAGGAGGUCGUUACGGAAGUUACAGAGGCCGAGGCAGAGGAUGCUCAUACGAAGGACAAGAUGCGUCAAGAGUCACCUGUUACGAUUACAAUACAUCCUACAACCAAUCCAUGUUAUUCAGUGCUCAGAAUCAAAAGAGCGACGCUUUCUGA